GUGGAACCAGUUCCACCGCCUGUUUUGUUCCACAGCACUUAAAAGAACACUUGGGAAAAACGAUAAAAAUAUUUCGCAAAAGUCAUGGCGAGCGCCGGGAAAGUCGUCUGAAACCAAAUACAUUGGACCGACUGCCUUGGAGCCACCGCCACCGAUAAUGACGACCGACUUCGGGGGCCAGUUUGUGUCCAGCAACCCAAAUGCAAGCUGCAGUGCGUCCUCGUCGUCCCGCUGGUUGACGGAGGAGGUCUUUAAGCUGAUAGACAUUGUCCAGCGCGACGAGGCCAUCUACAAUCCGCGCCACAAGUACUACUUCUGCCGGCCGUACGUGGAGAACUUCUGGCGCGAGGUGGACCUGAAGCUGGAGAAGAAUCCGGGCGCCAGUCUUGCCAAGUGGACCAACCUGCGCAUCUCCUUCCGGCGCGAGUACACGAACUACUUGGAGGAGAAGGUACCGCCCUGCUGGUCCUACUUUGACCGCAUGUUCUUCCUACAUCCGUAUCUCCGCAAGAAGCACCAGCAACCCAAAUCGCUGGACACUCAGGUACAGGACGCCUUGGCACAUCUCUCAAGCCUGUCUAGUCGCAUGCAGCGGGAACGGGCGGUGGCCAUUCCGGCCAGCAGUACCGGUGGUGGCCAGCCCACGCCUUCCGCCCACCAGUCUCCGCCGGCACAGCAGCUGGAUAACUAUCUGGACUACUUCGAUGAGGGUGAACACAACAACUCCGAGCUGGACGAUAUUAUGGAGGAGGAGCAGCAGCGCAGCAGCCGCUACCACAGCCAGUUGGACAGCAACGACAUCAAGUCGGAGUGUGAGGAGCCGGUAGAUGAAUACGAACAGGAGGCGCACGAGCCGGAUGAGGACGAACCGGAGGAUCAGGACCUACAUAAGAUGGCGCCCACUUCGAGCUCUUCAUCUAUUGAGGCCCAGCGUCGCUACCCCAACCAGCAGCCACAGCCCAGUCGAAUGAACUUGGGUCGUUUGCAGAUGCGCGGGUAUCAAGACGAGAUGCGAGGCGCUAUUCGUCCGCGGUCCCAGGAGCUGCAAGCUUCCACUGGAGCAGUAACUGGAGUGAAUUUCACCUCCCAACCGGCAGCUCACCCAAACAUUUCCUUUGUGCGUCCCACGUUCACUAAGCCCGUGGACUUGGUCAGCACAACAACACACAAUGGAGGAGGGCUCACAGGAACUGCUGGCCCAUCCGAAGCGGAUUUGCCCACACCAUCCUCAGCGGCAGUGGCGACACCCAAUGCGCCAAGCAGCAGCGGUAAUACCAGCAGCAGUUAUCUCAGUCAUCGGCAUGUGCACAACCAACUUCAUGGAGGACACCAACAAGCACCUCCAUCAUCGCUUCCUCUGCGCCUGGAAGCCAAUAACCCGUCAAGCGGCUCCGUAUCAAAUGGCGGAGUAGAGCUGUGCGAUUGCAAGACCGAUCCGGAUGCCAUGUUUCUGAUGAGUCUCCUGCCGGACAUCCAGAAGUUAAACGGACGCGAUCGCGGCAAAAUCAAGAUAGCCUUUCAGAACAUUCUGCAGGACUACCUUUAUCCGGACUAGUUUCGAUCUCUGUGUAUACUUUCCGCUUAUAGCAACGGAACCCAGUUCCGCUUGCCAUCUUGUUUUCGAGUAUUUUCCCUGUUAAUUUUCGUUGGUUAAAUCCCUUAAAGCUUUGCUGUGCAAGAACAAAGUAUCCUUAAAACGUUUUGAACACUAUCAGCUAUGUUUAUUAAAUGUAUAAAUAUUUAUAAAUAUUUAAUGUGUAACACAAGAAUAAAUUCAUUUGAAAUUAA